GGAGUUGAAGAGUUUUGUGUAGCCCCAGAUAAGGGCACAGGAGAGGAAAAUAACGGAGAGGAAAAUAACGGAAAGAAUAAUAACUUAGAGGAUAGGGAACUGGACCGAGGACUGUUAUCUUUUUAAAAAUUUGGCCGCUGAUUUUACAGGAAAUGUAAUGCGCAUUUUGGUCAAUUCCAACUAAACUGGACAUCAGUAAAAUCGAGAAAGGAAUCUGAAAAAUUGCCAUUUCGUCUCGGAGCUGGGGGGAGAAAGGGAACGUGAGGCUGCUGCUGGACAUUGGACGGGGAGGGGACACCACUGCAUCUCUCUCUCUCUGUCUGUUUCCGUGGAGAGCAGGGGGGUGGGAUUGAACCGCAAAAAACACAUCAUGCAACACAAUGGUAACGGAGAAGAGAGGCAGUCAGCCAACCAAUCCGAGCCUCAGCUCCAGGGGACGCCGAGUGGAAGCAUUCUACACAUCCCAGGCAGGGACACCCUUAGCGACCCCACACUCUUCCAACUGCCUGCCCAGUCAAAACUGGAGUUCAAACGCAACGCAGUCACAGAGGACUACAAAAUAACAACUCAAGUACUAGGACUGGGUAUCAGUGGGAAGGUGAUGGAAUGCUACUGCAAGAAGACAGGGGAGAAGUGUGCCCUCAAGAUUCUGUAUGAUUGUCCUAAGGCGCGGCGGGAGGUAGAGCUGCAUUGGAGAGUGUCGGGGGGCCCAUACAUCGUUCACAUCCUCAGCCUUUAUGAGAACAUGCACCAGGGGAAGAAAUGCCUGCUUAUCAUCAUGGAGUGUAUGGAAGGAGGGGAGCUGUUCAGUCACAUUCAGGCCAGAGGGGACCAGGCGUUCACAGAGAGAGAGGCUGCGGAGAUCAUGAGGGACAUAGGCACGGCCAUCGAGUACCUCCACCACAUGGACAUAGCUCACAGAGAUGUCAAGCCUGAAAAUCUGCUGUACACCACCAAGGAGACCAAUUGCGUUCUGAAACUAACUGAUUUUGGCUUUGCCAAGGAGACCACCCUCCACAACUCCCUCCAGACACCCUGUUACACCCCCUACUAUGUUGCCCCCGAGGUGCUUGGUCCAGAGAAGUAUGACAAGUCGUGUGACAUGUGGUCUCUGGGCGUGAUCAUGUACAUCCUGCUAUGUGGGUUCCCUCCGUUCUACUCUAACACUGGCCAGGCCAUCUCUCCAGGGAUGAAGCAGAGGAUCAGGAUGGGCCAGUACAAGUUCCCCAACCCUGAGUGGGCGGAAGUGUCUGAGGAAGCCAAACAGCUGAUCAACCAGCUGCUGAAGACAGACCCUAACGAGAGGAUGACCAUCGGGCACUUCAUGAACCACCCUUGGAUCAAUCAGUCGAUGGUGGUCCCUCCGACUCCUCUGCACACGUCCCGUGUUCUGACAGAGGACAGAGAACUGUGGGACGAUGUCAAGGAAGAGAUGACCAGUGCCCUGGCCACCAUGCGUGUAGACUAUGACCAGGUGAAGAUCAAAGACCUGGACACGUCCAACAACCCGCUGCUCAAUAAGAGACGCAAUAGACCUGGUGCUGGGCAGGCUGAGGGAGAGGGGGGAGGAGGGGGAGGUGGUGGGGGAGGAGGGGGUGAAGGAGUAGUCGGAGCAAUGGUUUGUAACAGCCAGUGAGAGUUUGAGGGAAGGGAGAGGGAGUGUUAUAUUAAGGACAUUAUUUGGACCAAUAUUCACCAGGGUCCUGAUCACGAGUUGUUUCGGGAAUUAAUCAGAUCUUGUGGUCAGGAAAACUAUUCUCAUUAUUGUUCAAAAUAAGUGUUUAAUUGGACCACACCAAGAUUGAGAUGGCAGCAAUUUGCCCUCUGUUGGCAGUAAUCAGAAAGAUAAGGCUCUUCUCUGUCCUUUACUUGUUCUGUCACCAGCACAUACGAGUUUCCAGCUCAGUUAAUCAGACUGAUCUAUAAUAUAAUUGCUUUUGUUUUGUAGAUGUCAUGUUUAUUUACUGCUAUUAUUUUCAUGAAAUAAAUGUUUGUUUCUAAGGAA